GGAUUCAUUCCGCUUCGCCUCACGUCCGAUACCGCGUUUAAAGAUGGGAAACCCCCGAGUGUUCUUUGACGUGACCGUCGACGGCGCCAACGUGGGAAGGAUCGUGAUGGAGCUCCGGGCUGAUGUGGUCCCAAAGACUGCAGGAAGCUCAAAAAUAAAUUGGAAUGAAAACUUUCGAGCUUUGUGCACCAGCGAGAAAGGUUUUGGCUACAAGGGCUCCAUGUUUCAUUGCAUCAUUCCUAAAUUUAUGUGCCAGGGGGGUGAUUUCACAAACCACAACGGCACUGGAGGAAAAUCCAUCUAUGGGGAGAAGUUUGCCGAUGAGAGCUUUCAGCUGAAGCACACAGGACUGGGCGCGCUGUCCAUGGCCAACGCCGGGCCCAACACCAACGGAUCGCAGUUCUUCAUCUGCACGGCCGCAACCGAGUGGCUGAACGGGAAGCAUGUGGUGUUUGGGAAUGUGGUGGAAGGCAUCGAUGUCGUCAAGGAAAUGGAGAGCCACGGCACAAAAAGCGGCACUCCGAAAGCCAAAGUCGUCAUCGCUGACUGUGGCGAACUCAAAUAG